GAAGCUGCCUCUCAGGAAACCACUUGGCCCUCCGGUUGCUUCGCCGCGUCGGGAUCUGGGGACGCAAAUCAAGGGGAACAAGUCGUCUGACAGAAGAAAAGUUCAUGCUGGAGUUCAGAAAACGGCAUAGAAACAUUCAUGAAGUCCAAAGUGAACAUGGAGAGCCUGACCAAGCCAGAGUUGCCGAUGCUUUUUAGCAUCCUUGAGGGAGAGCUGGAGGCUCGGGAUGUCGUCAUUGAAGUUCUAAAGGCCCAGUGUAAAGAACUGUUUAUCCAGGAGCGCUAUGGAAGGUAUGACCUCAGCGACCCCUUCCAGGCUUUGCAGAGAGACAGUGAAAUUGUCGGCAGCCCAAAUAAGGAGCCUGGCUGUUCCUCCUCUGCCUCCAACCCUCUGGUGGUUCUCAAACUGGUGGUGAGCCACUGCAGGAGGAUGCAAGAGAAGAUGCUUGCCCAGCUGGCCGCAGCUGAGAGCAGACACAGAAGGGUUAUUGCAGACCUGGAGGAGGAAAAGAGGAGGCAUGCUGAGGACACUGCAGAGGGAGAUGAUGUCACUUACAUCCUGGAAAAGGAGAGGGAGCGCCUUCAACAACAGCUGGAGUUUGAGCGCAGUCAGGUCCGUCGGAUAGAGAAGGAGCAACGCCGGGUUAUUGAGCAGCUCGAAGAGGAACGAUCUCAGCACAAGCAGCUCUCCUGUGCUCUGGCCAAAGAGUGCAAGUGGGCAAGUUCCCGGGCUUUGGAGGAAGGUCACCGGCUGACUGAGCUGAACCGCAAACUGGACAAGGAAAAAGAUGUCUGUCAGGCUCUGCGAAAGGAGCUGGAGGAGGAAAGGAUGAAAGCUCUGAGGAUGGAGGCGAGGGUGGAGGAGCAGCUUGCGGAGUUCGACACUGAGCGGGAACAGCUUCGCUCGCGGCUGAAGAAGGAAGAAGCUCAUUGUUUUGAUCUACAACAACAGGUGGAGGAGCUUAAGAGGAGGCUGGGAGAAGUGGGAGGAGCCUGUAUCAGGCAGGAUGUAACAGAAAGAGAGCCGGCUACAGCUGUGGACAACAUGAAGGUGGGAGACAGUGAGGAGGAUGGCCUGUCUGAACAGCCAAAACCUGGUCCUCUUUGUCCAGGGGAGACAAAUGGGCUUUAUACACCAAACAUUUCCUGUCAGAAUGGAAAUGAGUAUCCGUCUCCUCAUCAGACACAAACGUCGCUUUCCCUCAGCAGUGCCGCACUCCCCGCUCACAGUCAUUCCUCGCCCUGCACUUCGCCCGUUCUGGUCAAACGCUGCACAGGCAGCAUGAGCCAGGGAAGCUAUCAGUCUCCAUACCAGGCUGGGAUCAACCAGCGUUUCCAUGCAGCUCGCCACAAGUUCCAGGGUUCCUCCGAGCCAGAUUCCCAGUCCCAGCCUGCUCAGCCUGUCCCUGCACUCUCACCAAAAGAGCUCUGUCCCCUGCCCAGCAGCCCCCCUCCUGAAGCCAGCCCAGUCAAGCAGUUGGCCCGGAGCACAGUCACUCAGGUCCUGUCCCGUUUUACCUCUGUCCAGCAGAGCGCCACCAUGAAACACAGCGCAACAAACAACUCCCCAUUUGGUACAGACUACCGCAGCCUUGCAGCCCCCCUGUCUCCUGUUGCUGGGAGGGCCGCAGGGGCAGUUCCUCAGGCGGUCAGAUCACCAACCAUCACCAGGGUGGAAAGGGGAAACCCUCCACCCAUCCCUCCUAAGAAACCUGGUCUCACCCAGGCUCCUUUAUCUCCAGCAGCAGCGGCGAAAUCCGGCAGCCAUUUUUCUGAGAGCCCUCUGUCUGGUAGCUGUGGUCUGAGCUCGAGCCAGGACGGCGUCAAAGAACUGGACAUGGUGGUCUCCUCUAAUUAACUCUUUAGAUCAGAUCCUACUUUCACUGCAGGAUCAUCUAAUUGUUAUAACCGACUUGUACAUGAGGAUUUAUAGAAGUUCAAUAUCGCCUAGAAAAAAAUGUCUGUGUAUAUAUAAGAUAUAUUUUAAAUAUAAGCAGAGGAUAUACUUUAGUUGGAGAUAAGGAACAAAAUGACUUCAAACUGUUUUUUUUCCCAAUAAAUAUUAUAUUGCAUAGAAAAGAUUAUAGACUGAGCUGUCAGUCAGUGUCUGAAGUGUGUUUCUCAUUAAUAUUUUAUAUUAAAACAUUGCUAAAUGUUACACAUUCUUGCUUCUGUUUACUUAUAUGGUCUUAAUUCUGUCAUCAAUUAUUGCCAAUUUAUCACUUAUGUCAUCUGUAUUAAUUGAUGCUCUUCUUCUCUUAAUGUUACAUAGUGGUUAUAAGAGACUGAUAACCAGCAGGUACGGUUGGAGAUUUUUCAUGUUCAGAUGAAUGCCUAGAUCAAUUAUAAAAAUGCAGUGUUAUUUAACUGGCAGCUUUUGCUCUAAGUGGUUUCAUGUUUCUUCUAUCAUGUUUGUUUCACAUACUUUACAAUCAUUUUGCUGGAAAGUGACAUAUUUAAUAAACUCUUCUCAAUUACACCUUUUGUGU